AUUAAUCUCACUUUGACGUGAAUAUAAGUUAAGUGAAAGCAAAUUAAAGGUAAAAAAACAAAAUGCAUGCCAAACUCCGCUGUUUCCAUGCCAAGAUCUGCAGCAGCUUGCAUGAGCUUGGGGUUUUCUUGUUCCUCACCGUAUCAUUAUUUGCUAUUCCGCCGCCGCCCCAAGUGGCUGCAGACUACGUGCCGCCACCGGCGAACCUUGUGGUUGGGAGUGGACCCGGAAACAUCCGGACCAUAAAGCAGGCCAUCGCCAUUGCGGCCCAAACGAGGGAUUGGCGCCGGAGGUUUGUUAUUAAAAUAAUGGCCGGAGUUUACAAUGAGAACGUCGUGAUCGACUCUCUUCUCCCUCACCUCACUCUGGUCGGAGAGGGAAAGGGCGUGACUAUAAUCACCGGCCAACGGAGCCUUUAUAGCUUUGGCGGAUCGACGUUUGACACUGCAACCUUUGCUGUUGAUGCCAUUGGACUUGUAGCUUGGGGCAUAACAUUCCGGAACACCGCUGGUCGAGACAGCGGACCAGCCGUGGCCGUUCGGGUAAGGGCGGAUCAAGCAGCGUUCUACGAGUGCUCCAUCGAAGGCUACCAAGACACGCUCUACCUCUUCGAAGGGCGACAGUUCUACAAAAACUGCGACAUCUACGGCACGAUCGAUUUCAUCUUUGGGAACGGCAAAGCCGUCUUCCAGGACUGCAACAUCUACGCGAGGAACCCGGGAAUCCACGGGGCGGUUAUGAUCACGGCGUCGAAGCGCGAGGGGCCCACGGAGGACACGGGGAUCGUGAUACAGAGGUCGUGGGUGACGACGGAUCCGGCGGAGGACCUGAGGGGGACGGAGGGGUACUUGGGGAGGCCGUGGGGGACGCAGUCGCGCACUGUUUUCAUCGAGACGACGAUCGAUUCUUUCAUAAAUCCGGCAGGGUGGGCGUGGUGGGACGGCCGGCAUCCUUCUUUGACGAGCAGGGUGUACUAUGCGGAGUAUGGGAACAAGGGGCCCGGUGCCGGGACGGCGGGGAGAGUGAGGUGGCGUGGGUUCCACCAGCUCACUACGCCGAGGGAAGUUUUGCCGUUCACCGUCGCCGUGUUCAUUGACGGCAACUCUUGGUUGCCCUUUGCCGGUGUGCCUUACAGGCCCGGUCUCUAAUCUAAUUUGAUCUAAUCCCCGUGGCAAUAUAAUGUUUUUUUUCUU